AUGGUUCUCUGGCUAGAUGAAAUAGAGAAGAAGAAGAAGAUGCUGAUGGGAGCGAGUGUAGCGAUAUCUGCCAACUUCUGGCUGGUAGGAGAAGACAAGGAGCUGAGUCCAAAGAAGUACUUCAUUAUCAUACCGGCGAUGUUCGGUAAUGGACAGUCUUCUUCCCCCUCUAAUACCGAUCUCUCUCCUUUCCCAGCAGUGGCCGUCUACGAUAACGUCAGAGCUCAGUAUAAGCUAGUGACAGAGCAUCUUGGGGUCAAGCAUCUUAGAGCUGUCCUCGGGUGGUCCAUGGGAGCAGGCCAGACCUUCCAAUGGGCGGCUCAGUACCCCGACUUCAUGGACAUCAUUGUCCCAUUCUGCGGAUCUGCGAAGACCUCUUUGCAUAACCAGGUGUUUCUCGAGGGUGUCAAAUGUGCCCUGCUGUCAGCCAAGCGUUUCCGUUCUGCCGGGUCUGGGAAGGAUGGCAUCUGCUCCGAAGGUAUUGUUGGCCGAAAGUGGGCAGAGGAAGAGAGGGAUAUCGGACUGAGAGCUGUUGGAAGAGUGUAUGCUGGGUGGGGCAUGAGCCAGCCAUUCUAUCGUGAAAAGCUGUACGAGACUGUUCUUGGGUAUAAAGACCUCGAGGAUUUCUUGGUCAAUUUCUGGGAGAAGUAUUUCCUUUCCAAAGACCCGGAGAACCUGCUUAUAAUGCUGCAGACAUGGCAGAAUGCAGAUAUCUCGCAGCAAGAGCCGUACAAUGGCAACUUUGAGGCAGCGCUCAAGGGAAUCAAGGCAAAAGCGCUGGUCUUGCCUUGCAAGCAUGACUUGUACUUCCCGCCGGAAGACUCGGAAUAUGAGGUUGCAAACAUGGCACCCGGCGUGGGUGAGCUGGACGUAUUCCCAUCCAUCUGGGGACACUGGGCAGGUGGCCCCGGUGAGAACAAGGAGGACGUCAAAUGGCUGAACGACAAGCUGGUCGAUUUCUUUAAACGGACCCCUAUUAGCGACUCCCUGACGGCUGCCCUCAAGGAUCUGAAAGUCUAG